UGACAUGUUUGUGAUGAGGUGUGAAUCGUAGAAAGAAAUCUCCGUCUCGCAGAAAUGAUUUCACAAAAAUCCAUAGUUCCAUAAAGUUUUGUGAUGUUCUAUUUGUGCUACAUCAAUACGAGUACACAAUAAUACGAUAACAAUAUAGCAGUGCCUCAUUAAAUAAUAUAAAUGAAUAUAAAACCACCGUGCAACUAAGUCGGUUCCGAAAGGAACGAAUGGAGUGAUUAACUUAUGAAAUAACGAUGCAAACCAACUUGAAAACUAAAGAAAUGUUUAUAGUCCGAGCUUUAGAAAAGAUAUUGGCUGAUAAGGACAUUAAAAGGUCCUACCACAGCCAAUUGAAAAAGUCGUGCGAAGUCGCUCUAGAGGAAAUCAAAACUGAAUUGAAAAAUGGAGGACAACCUGAGUCAUCAGAAAGUCCUACAUCAGGGACCUUACCUCUACCCAAAAAUGAUGCUUCCAACAUUAUUACUGCUGAGAAAUACUUCUUGCCAUUUGAGCUGGCAUGUCAGAGUAAAGCAGCCAGGAUAGUUGUAACAGCCUUGGACUGUCUUCAAAAACUUAUUGCAUAUGGGCAUCUCACUGGUAACAUUCCUGACUCAACAACUCCAAGAAAACUCCUUAUUGACAGAAUUGUGGAAACUAUCUGCAGCUGUUUCACAGGACCACAAACAGACGAGGGAGUCCAACUGCAGAUAAUAAAAGCUCUACUAACAGUUAUCACAAGUCAACAUGUUGAAGUUCACGAGGGCACAGUACUCCUUGCUGUCAGAACAUGUUACAACAUCUACCUUGCUAGUAAAAACCUCAUUAAUCAAACAACAGCAAGAGCCACCCUGACACAGAUGCUAAAUGUUAUAUUCACCAAAAUGGAGAAUCAGGCCCUUGAAUCUGAAACAAAUGAUAAUAGUAAUAACCAUGCUGUAACAGAAAUACACAAAAUACCUAAUGGUAAUGUUGUAUCUGAAGAAACACCUAACAAUGGGGUUGAAGAGGUAAAAGAAGAAGGAACACAACUCGAGGAACACGAUGAAGUAUUAGAAGCUAAAAUUAUCGCUAAACAAAUUGUAGAUUCCGUUAUAGAUAAUGCCAUAAGUAUUGCGUCUAAAAAAACAUCUGAAGAAGAUGUGACUAAUACACCUGAUAACAAUGAAAAUCCGUCUGAUUCACAAGAUAGUGGCAGUGUGUCACAAGAAAGCAAUGGACAGGUGCCGACCGAAAACACUAUGACGAGGAUACCAUCACAAGAAAGUGUGGAUGUUGCAUCGGAAAAUGAUAACUCGGUAACAGCAAAGUUUACACAUGUAUUACAAAAGGACGCUUUCCUAGUAUUUAGAGCUCUAUGCAAGCUUUCAAUGAAGCCCCUACCUGAAGGAACUCCAGACCCUAAGUCACAUGAACUAAGAUCUAAAAUUCUUUCUCUUCACCUUCUAUUAUCUAUCUUACAAAAUGCUGGUCCAGUAUUUAGGAACAAUGAGAUGUUCAUUACAGCCAUCAAGCAAUAUCUUUGCGUGGCUCUUUCAAAGAAUGGUGUCAGUUCUGUUCCAGAAGUUUUUGAACUUUCCUUAGCUAUCUUCUUGGCUCUGUUGCAAAACUUCAAGGUACAUCUCAAGAAGCAAAUUGAAGUUUUCUUCAAAGAAAUCUUUAUGAACAUUUUGGAAACAUCAAGCUCGUCCUUUGAGCACAAAUGGAUGGUCAUCCAAGCACUGACCAGAAUCUGUGGAGAUGCACAAAGCGUCGUUGACAUCUAUGUAAACUAUGAUUGUGAUUUAUCAGCAGCUAAUUUAUUCCAACGCCUGGUAAAUGAUGUAUCUAAGAUUGCCCAAGGAAGGCAAACGCUGGAAUUGGGCGCUACACCUAAUCAAGAGAAAUCCAUGCGUAUACGUGGACUUGAAUGCCUAGUGUCCAUAUUAAAAUGCAUGGUAGAAUGGAGCAAAGAACUAUAUAUAAAUCCCAACCUACAAACAACUUUGGGAGAGAGAACUGCAAAAGAAGAACAUGACCACCACAGUAUGAAAUCUCACGGAGGAUCUAGUCUAAGUCUAGUCUCAACAGGAUCCAGUAAUAUUGGUAACAGAGAGACAUUAGAUUCUCCUGAACAAUUUGAAGUAUUGAAACAACAAAAGGAAGUUUGGGAAACAGGAAUAGAACUAUUCAACAGGAAACCAAAACGUGGAAUUUCUUUCUUACAAGAGCAAGGUCUCUUGGGUGCAUCGACAAAAGACGUGGCUGAGUGGCUUUUAACGGAUGAAAGACUUGAUAAAACAUUUAUUGGCGAGUAUUUAGGUGAAAACGAAGAUCACUCUAGGGAAGUUAUGUAUUCCUACGUAGAUUCAAUGAAUUUCGCUAACAUGGAUAUUGUUGCUGCGUUACGUUAUUUCUUAGAAGGUUUCAGACUUCCUGGCGAAGCUCAAAAGAUCGACAGGUUAAUGGAGAAGUUUGCGUCACGCUACUGUGAAUGCAAUCCGAACAACACGUUAUUCACGAGCGCGGAUACUGUUUACGUACUAGCGUUUUCCAUAAUAAUGCUCACAACAGACUUACAUUCGCCUCAAGUUAAAAAUAAAAUGACAAAAGAACAAUAUAUUAAGAUGAAUAGUGGCAUAAGUGACAACAACGACCUUCCACGAGAAUAUUUGUCACAGAUAUACGACGAAAUAGCCGGGCACGAGAUCAAAAUGAAGAGUUCGUCUAAACCAGGAAAACAUAUGAUCUCCAACGAGAAGAAGCGGAAGCUAAUCUGGAACAUGGAAAUGGACUUAAUAUCUGCAGCCGCAAAGAACUUGAUGGAAUCUGUGUCACAUGUUCAAACUCCAUUUACGACCGCCAAGCAUGUCGAACACGUUCGCCCUAUGUUUAAAAUGGCUUGGACGCCCUUCCUCGCUGCAUUUUCAGUGGGCUUGCAAGAUUGUGAUGACCCUGAAAUCGCGUCACUUUGUUUAGACGGUAUUAGGUGCGCCAUCCGCAUUGCGUGCAUUUUCCACAUGUCGCUUGAAAGAGACGCGUACGUACAGGCUCUCGCGCGCUUCACCCUACUCACAGCGAACUCGCCCAUCACCGAAAUGAAGGCUAAGAACAUUGACACAAUAAAGACGUUGAUUACUGUCGCACAUACUGAUGGUAAUUACCUAGGAACGAGUUGGUUGGAUGUCGUUAAAUGCAUUUCUCAGUUAGAACUGGCACAGCUUAUAGGGACUGGAGUGCGGCCGCAGUUCCUAUCAGGAUCUGGCAUCAAACCUCAACCUGACUCGUUGAAGUUUAGCCUAAUGUCAUUAGAUCCCAGCGUCAAAGAACACAUCGGCGAGACAAGCUCUCAGAGUGUAGUCGUAGCAGUAGAUAGAAUAUUUACAGGAUCCACUAGACUUGAUGGUGAUGCCAUUGUAGACUUCGUCAAAGCAUUAUGUCAAGUAUCUUUGGAUGAGCUGAGUCAUCCGACAAACCCUCGAAUGUUUUCACUGCAGAAGAUAGUCGAAAUUUCGUACUACAAUAUGGGUCGUAUCAGGCUGCAGUGGUCUCGAAUAUGGCAAGUACUAGGUGAUCAUUUUAACAAAGUAGGCUGCAGCAGUAAUGAAGAUAUAGCAUUCUUCGCAGUGGAUUCCUUGAGACAGCUGUCAAUGAAGUUUAUUGAAAAAGGGGAGUUCGCCAAUUUCAAAUUCCAAAAGGACUUUUUAAGGCCCUUUGAACACAUCAUGAAGAAAAAUAGUUCUCCUACUAUCAGAGAUAUGGUAGUGCGUUGUAUCGCACAAAUGGUUAACUCUCAAGCAUCCAAUAUCAAAUCAGGUUGGAAAAAUAUAUUCUCGGUAUUCCAUCUAGCUGCCAGCGAUCAAGAUGAAGCUAUUGUUGACUUGGCAUUCCAGACUACCGGCAAAAUUAUAAAUGAGUUAUAUGAAAAACAAUUCCCAGCGAUGAUAGACUCCUUCCAAGAUGCAGUGAAAUGCUUAUCAGAAUUUGCAUGCAAUGCUAAGUUCCCCGACACUUCAAUGGAGGCCAUAAGACUGGUGAGGUCUUGUGCAACUGCGGUAGGCGCAUCACCGCAGCUGUUCGCCGAGCACGCGGGGCUUGAAGGCGAGCCAGGCGCUCCGGAAGUCGACAGAGUGUGGUUAAGAGGGUGGUUUCCUCUGCUCUUUUCUUUAUCGUGCGUCGUCAGUCGCUGCAAGCUCGAUGUUCGCACACGAGGACUCACGGUCCUGUUUGAGAUAAUUAAAACUCAUGGUGAAUCAUUCCGUCCACAUUGGUGGAGAGACCUGUUUAAUAUAUUAUUUAGAAUCUUUGACAACAUGAAGCUACCCGAGCACCAGUUGGAGAAGAACGAGUGGAUGACUACAACCUGCAACCACGCGUUGUAUGCCAUCGUCGACGUCUUCACGCAAUACUUUGACAUUCUCGGUUCUCUAUUGUUAGAGCAACUGUACGCGCAGCUGCAUUGGUGCGUGCAGCAGGACAAUGAACAGCUUGCACGCUCCGGCACCAACUGCUUGGAGAAUCUAGUCAUAUCGAACGGAACCAAGUUCAACGAGGAUACUUGGAGCAAAACAUGUCAGAUCAUGUUGGAUAUCUUUAACAGCACCCUACCCACCACUUUGCUAACAUGGAAACCCGAUGAUAACGACGAGAGCGACCAACCUCAAGUCCGACACGGUAUCUUAAAGAAACCCCAAGGCGGGGACGAGAUCAAGUCAUCCAAUCGAGUAUUCAACAGUCUCCUCAUCAAAUGCGUUGUACAGUUGGAACUGAUACAAACCAUUGACAACAUCGUCUUCUACCCCGCGACGUCGCGGAAGGAAGACGCCGAGACACUGGCGCUAGCGGCCGCAGAGCUGACUGGCGGCACUCCCGGCACCGAGCAGGAAUGUCAGCGUGAAGAACAAGGAAUGUAUAGAUUACUUAGUUCACCACACCUACUCCGACUAGUAGAAUGCCUCAUGUGCAGUCAUCGCUUUGCUAAAACAUUUAAUACUAAUAACACGCAAAGGAAUGUGUUGUGGAAAGCUAAUUUCAAGGGUUCGGUGAAGCCGAACAUGUUGAAGCAAGAGACGCAGUCGUUGGCGUGCGUGCUGCGGAUACUGUUCAAGAUGUACAGUGAUGAGACGCGGCGGGACCACUGGCCUGCGGUACAGAAGAGUCUCAUCACCAUUUGUUGUGAAGCUUUAGAAUACUUUGCUGGAGUGACGAGCGAAGCACACAGAGACGCGUGGACGUCCAUACUGCUGUUGAUUCUCACAAGAAUACUGAAGAUGCCUGACGAAAGAUUUGCGGCUCACGUGUCCAGCUACUACCCGCUCCUGUGUGAGAUCACGUGCUUCGACCUGAAACCGGAGCUGCGGUCGGUGCUCCGCCGGGUGUUCAUACGCAUCGGGCCCGUCUUCAACAUCGUCACCAACGCCCAAUAACAACACAAUAUUAACAAACAAUAUGGCCUUAUAGUUCUCUAGGAUAAAGUAUGACUUUGAUGUUAAUGUUAAAAAUAAUACUUCAGUUGAUUCCUUAAAAUUUAAUGUAAUAUUGACAGCAAUCAGUACUUCAGUAGUAUUAAAAGUGAUCUAUCAUAUUUUAUAGGGUGUAGUAGUCUUAUUUCUAAUUUAUAUUAUAAAUUAUUGAUUUGAUUAUCAAGUUAAAUUUUUAAAUUGUAUAUUAUAAAAGCAUAGAAAUUGUAUCUAUAAAUUAUUAUAGUUUAUUCUGUAUAUUUGAAAGUUUUUACUGUCUGGGGAGCUGAAUUCACUCACUACUGCUAUUGCUUGGUAUUCCUUCUAGCUAGACUGAUCAGACUGUGAUUGUGAACUUUUACUUUCUCACUGCUUUCCAUGUUUUAUCAUUUUUCUUGGAGUGACUUCAGAACUCGCACGCAAACUGAUUAUUAUAUUAUUAUUCCUUAAAAUAAAAAUAAUAAAUUUAAAAGAAGUCUGAUUUAAACAAUCUUCAGUCCCUCAAUGGACCUCUCCAAGGAGUCCAAGUCCCAGAUGACCAGCUGUCCAUCCAAUCCAGUGGUGCUGAACUUGUGGGUGUUAGCCUUAGUACCUUCGAAAAUGCGAAUGGAAGUGAUGGCAUUCUGGUGAAUAGAAUCCAAGAAAGUGUCAUUAGUUUCAAUGCGCGCUUGGCGAUCCAGAGACUGGAACUUCUUCAUGGCAGACAGUCCACCAGACUCCUUUCUCUGAGUAUUAUCCAACUUGGCAACAAACUUAAUCUGAUCACCGUCAUGGCAAUACAUUAAAGGAAUGCAGCUAUGUCCUGCCACUACCAGAGAGUUGUUGGUCACCCAACUGCAUCCCAGGAAAGGCAAGUACUCAGUCUUUAAUUUUAUGAUAGCUUUCCCUUGAGUAGCAUCAGCUACAUUUAUGGAGCUAUCAUGUCCCACCCAUGCAACUUUAUUCCCGUCUGCUGAGAAAGACACACUAUGCACCCAUCCUCCACCAUUGGGUGAAUUUGGGAAUUCAGCCAACAUUUGUCCCAAAGGCAGCUUAGUGCCCCAAACAUUUGGUCCUGGUUGGUCUUCAAUAUCCUUGAUGUAUGCAGAGUACACUCUUACUUUGAAGUCGGCUGAGCCAGCAACCAACAGGAUGUUGUUUGGGUGCCAAUCAAUACUGGUUACAGUUGAACGGAUGGGCUUCUUGAUAUGCUUAGACACCCACCAAUUGUUUUCUUUUUCAAAAUAACAGAUGGAGAUUAAUCUGGCUCCAGAGCCAACAGCAAACUUGUUUUCCAUAGGAGACCAUUUGACACAAGUGGCAGCUCUGUUGAUACGGAGGAGCACAAGAGUAGUAGUCCACUUGCCAUCAUCUCCCUGAGUCCAGACAUAUGCAUUGCGGUCAACUGAACAGGUGACAAUGCGGUUGGUGUUUGGCGCCCAGUCAAUGCCCAUUACCUUUAAGUCAUGUUCCACCAGGUUGUUAGUUUGCUUCCAAUCAUUUCCCUCUUUUUGAUAGAUAUGGACUUCAUUGUUAUUUGGUGAAAAUGCUAUUUCUGUAACAAAAUAAAAUUUUAAUUCUGUUAAGUAUUUAUAUUAAUAUAAUUUGGUGAUAAAG